CAACGCUAUAUUUGUACAAGAUAUAUUUUUGUCCGUACAUAACCUUGCACAGUACAUAGCACACAGUACAUCAUGGCAUAUAAAGGAGUUGCUGUAGCAGCCGCCACCGCUGUGGCCGUUGUGGGUACCAUCGCUUACCUGGAUCACGUGCGCACAUCAGACCCCGAAUACAGGAAGAAGGUCAAAGCACGCAAAGCCGCGGCGCGCGAAGCUAAGAUUGCCGCACUCGCCGCACUCAAAGAGAAAGCAAAGGCCGAGGCCGAAGCAGCAAAGGCCGAGGCCGCAGAAGCGGCUGCCAGCUCUGAUAAGGAUGCUGUAGGCGCAUUCUUUGUGGCACAGAUGCAGGCUGGGCAAGAAGCGCUUAACAAGGGAGAUCUGGAUGGAUGCGCGACACACUUUGCGAACGCCGUGACGGUUUCGGAGACACCGAUUGAUAUCCUGGUGUAUUUGAAGCAGUCGAUCCCCGAGGAGUUGUUCUCGCUUAUGGUUAAGAAGAUUGACCCAGAGGUGCUCAGAGACAAGUACUUCGACAACUUCCCUGGAGAGGAUACUGGUCUGCGCGUAGAGCCUACGGAUAUCAAGUACAAACAGAAUUGCAUGUUCGCUGUAAAGGACUUUGCUGAGGGUGAUGUAUUCCACACCGAGAAGCCUUUCCUAAGCGCGCUCUUACCGGAUAUGGAUCCUGCCGGUUAUUGCGGACUAUGUGCCAUUGUUAUCACUGAUGUGGUUCCCUGUGCGCAAAACUGUGGCCAGGAGUUCUACUGCAGCACCGAUUGCCGCGAUGUCGCAUUCGGAUCCCACCACGCCAUCCUUUGUUCUGGAGCCAAGUUCUCCGAUCCCACCGACCCGAUGGCCAUGCUCGUAGCACACACCAAGUCCACCGGCCGCAAAGAGGUGCUGAUGGUAGGUAAAGCCCUCGCCCAGGUGUUCAACCCCAAGCCCGUACGCGACUGCACCGCGGACAUCGCUCACCUGUCGUUCGACGAGCCCCUCCCCGCACCCAAUGAGAUGGUCAAAAAGGAGUUUGCGCUGCUGCUGCCAGUGCUAACGGCCAAGGUGGAGCAGGCCGAGCAGAUCCUGACCCUGGAUAGUUACACGGCGAUGCUGAGUAAGAUCAAGCGUAACGCGAUCCCGUUCACCACCCACCCCAACCCCAAGGGACUGAUGGUGAAGUCUGGACACGCCGUGUACCUCGCAGGAAGCUUUAUGAACCACUCGUGCGACCCCAACGUGAAGAUUAGCUUUGUCAAAAAGACGAAUCAGAUCCAGUACACGGCUCGCAAGGCGAUCAAGGCCGGUGACGAGGUCUGCUUCGCAUACAACGGAUUCAGCAUGAAGAAAACUGAGGAACGUCGCGCUGAGCUGAAAAAAGCCUUUGCCUUCGACUGCAUGUGUGGCAAGUGUGUGCCAGAGGUACCUCAACCGAAGCUGUCCAUGGAACACCUAGAGAAGAAGCUGGCUGAGCAGAAGAAGGCCACCGAGAAUAUGAAGAACAAGUCUACCCCAUCCCCCGAGCAAAAGGCUGAGGAUGAACUGGAAUAGAGGAUCUAGCUUUGUUUCGGAAGUUUGAUGUCACCCGUUGCGCCGACUAUCUGGGCUGGCUGCGUUCAGCAUCGCAAAUAUAAAUCCUGGUGGGCUUACAAGCACAGAAGUGUUUAGCCUGAGGAUACAAGCCAGCCUGAAGGGAUCGACACCAUGCUUUGAGAAGAAAAUGCAAAUGCAUACGUACAUUAACACAUACAUAUGUAUAUAUACACACACGCACAUAUAGACACACGACACAUAGAACACAAUCACUCACACCUACUAUGCUUCCUAUAACCCCGAUAUGCACAUGUUCAGUUUUAUGAUGUUCAUAUUCUGUUGCGGUGUUUACAGUGUAUUUCAAACUUUCAGAAUGAAUUAGAGAUAUCAAAAUAAAUUUUAGGCACAAAUAAGGUGGGCUUACAAUACAGCUACAUGCUUUUUAUGCGAGCAAACGUGUGCCAAACUUGAGUGAUUAAAUUGUGAGGUUCAAGCGGUUCGUUAUGCCAAACUUCAAUAUUUUGCUGGUAUUGCAUAUAUAAACUAAAAACAGACUGCUGUGUACGU